AUCUCUAAUCUGAUAAAACCCUAAACCCCUAAACCCCGAAAGGGAUUUCUGGUGUACAGCAAAUCGAAUAGAAACCCCAAAAGCAUAAAAGGAGGUUGCUUUGCUUUCCAGCCUAAACCCUAACCCUAAACCCUUAACCCCCAAUGAUUGGAUUCAUCCGUGCUGCUAAGGAAGCUCAUUGACCGUUUGGAUUUCUCUGAAUCCUUCAUGUAUGUUGAGGUUGGUGCCCACCUGCAGAGGUAGGCAUGUUUCCAAAUUUUUGUCCUCACAUCGACUUUGUUGUCAAUCGUUCUCAUCAACUACAAAUACUUUGCAGCUGCCAUCAGAUGGCUUUGCGAAUGAUAACAGAAAUGAUAAUAUCGAUUUUCUAUUCCACUCCUGCACAAAUGUUCACCAUGCUAAGCAACUCCAUGCUUAUCUUGUGGUGUUGGGAAAAUCUCAGAAUAUCUUUCUUGCUGCCAAGCUUGUCAAUCGUUAUGCCUACCUUGGCGACUUGUCAUUCUCUCGCCGCACAUUUGAUUCGAUACCAAGGAAAGAUGUCUAUACCUGGAAUUCCAUGGUAUCUGCUUAUGUUCGCAGCGGGCGCUUCCGUGAAGCUUUAGAUUGUUUCUCUCAGUUUUCGUUGACUUCUGAUCUUCAUCCUGAUUUCUACACCUUUCCUCCUGUCUUGAAAGCUUGUGAGAAUCUGGUUGACGGGAAGAAGAUACACUGUCGAGUUCUAAAGCUGGGGUUCGAAUGGGAUGUCUUCGUGGCCGCUUCUUUGAUCCAUAUGUAUUCCCGUUUUGGUUUUAUUUACGUUGCUCGUAAAUUGUUUGAUGAUAUGCCAAUUCGAGAUACAGGGUCUUGGAAUGCAAUGAUUUCUGGGUUUUGUCAGAAUGCAAAUGCAGCAGACGCAUUGGAUGUCCUGGUUGAAAUGAGAAUGGAGGGGAUAAAGAUGGAUCGCGUAACUGUUGCAAGUCUGCUGACUGCUUGUGCUCAAUCAAACGACAUCUCAAGCGGGAGGCUGAUUCAUUUAUAUGUCAUAAAGCAUGGACUGGACUUUGAUCUGUUUGUAUGCAAUGCCUUGAUUAACAUGUAUUCCAAAUUUGGUAGCUUGGGACAUGCACGAAGGGUUUUUGAUCAAAUGGAGGUUAGAGAUUUAGUUUCAUGGAACUCAAUAGUUGCUGCAUAUGAGCAGAAUAAUGAUCCAAUCACUGCACUUGAAUUAUUUAACGCCAUGCAAUUACGCGGAAUUCAGCCCGAUUUUUUAACACUAGUGAGUUUGGCUUCAAUUUUAGCUCAAUUAAGUGACUCCGAAAAGAGUAAGUCUGUUCAUGGAUUCAUCUUGAGGAGAGAUUGGUUUGUGGAAGAUGUUGUCAUUGGAAAUGCAGUUGUGGAUAUGUAUGCUAAAUUAGGUGCUAUAGAUUCCGCACGUACUGUUUUUGAAGGACUUCCUACCAAGGAUGCUGUUUCAUGGAAUACUUUGAUCACAGGCUAUGCUCAAAAUGGUCACGCAAGUGAAGCAAUUGAAGUGUACCGCAUGAUGCAACAAUGCAAAGAAAUAAUUCCAAACCAUGGAACUUGGGUUAGCAUUCUACCAGCAUAUACCCACGUGGGAGCCUUGCAACAAGGGAUGAAAGUACAUGGACGGGUGAUUAAGAACCGUGUCUACUCAGAUGUAUUUGUGGGAACCUGCUUGAUUGACAUGUAUGGAAAAUGUGGAAGACUAGAUGAUGCAUUGUGUCUGUUCUCCCAAGUUCCUAGGAAGAGUUCGGUCCCUUGGAAUGCUUUAAUUUCGUGUCAUGGAGUUCAUGGGCAUGGUGAGAAAGCUCUGCAGCUAUUCAAUGAUAUGCUAGAUGAGGGGGUCAAGCCAGAUCAUGUCACCUUUGUAUCUUUAAUGGCAGCGUGUAGCCAUUCAGGUUUGGUCAAUGAAGGUCAAUCGUUCUUUCAUACGAUGCAGGAACAAUACGGAAUCAAGCCUAGUUUGAAGCACUAUGGCUGCAUGGUUGAUUUGCUUGGUAGAGCCGGGCAUUUAAACAAGGCAUAUAGUUUUAUAGAGAAUAUGUCUGUACGGCCUGAUGCGUCUGUGUGGGGUGCUCUACUCGGCGCUUGUAGAAUACAUGGAAAUGUUGAAAUGGGCAAGAUUGCUUCCGAACGCUUGUUUGAAGUUGAUUCAGAGAACGUGGGUUACUAUGUUUUGUUGUCAAACAUAUAUGCAAAUUUCGGGAAAUGGGAAGGUGUAGAGAAAGUGAGAUCUCUGGCCAGAAAUCGGGGACUGACGAAGACUCCAGGAUGGAGCUCAAUAGAAGUGAAUAAUAACGUUGAUGUCUUCUACACUGCAAAUCAAUCGCAUCCAAAGUGCGAAGAAAUAUAUGAGAAGCUGAGGGAUCUAACCGCCAGAAUGAAGAGCCUCGGUUACAUUCCUGACUUGAGCUUCGUGUUGCAGGAUGUCGAGGAUGACGAGAAAGAGCACAUCCUUAACAGCCACAGUGAGAGAUUGGCAAUUGCAUUCGGAAUCAUCAGUACAGCCCCGAAAACACCCAUUCGGAUCUUCAAGAACUUGCGGGUUUGCGGCGAUUGCCACAACGCAACGAAAUUCAUAUCGGUAAUCACGGAGAGGGAGAUCAUUGUGAGGGAUUCUAACCGUUUUCAUCAUUUUAAAGAUGGAACUUGCUCUUGUGGGGAUUAUUGGUGACAGCAAAUAUGAGCUAAUGUUACGGUGGGAGAUUCAUAUUCUUUUGAUUCUUGUAAUGAUAAUUGCCAACUUGGUCAAAGUCUACAAGAAAAGUGAUUAUCUCAUAUAAUCAAUAUUUAGUCAUAGUGGCACUACCGUUCAAUAUUUUUUGUUGUAUGUUCAAAACCCUGCGUAAAGCGGGAGCCUUGUGCACUGGGUACGACGAUGUUCAAAAAAUGGAUUGCACGUUCAGUAAA